AUGUCGGAUAGAGAAGAAGUCGACAGCGACUCCGGUGCUCCAGAGGAGUUUACAGUCCAGCAGGGAAUACAACAGGACGAGGAUAUUAGGAAAGUCCAAAAAGAAAAUCUAGCCCGGGUCGUUCGCGAAGGAAAACAACGUCGCAGAAAAUGGGCCGAAAAAUUGACUCCACGACCAUCACGCAGAGAUGGCAGCGCCAAAAAUAAAACAAGUACUGAAGGAAUGCUACCAGAUGAUAUUGUCCAACAUGUUGCAGCUAUCGAGAAGGCAGUUAAUAAGAAGAAAGUGUUCUCAUCUGAUUCUGAAGACGAGAAAGCUGAGGAGAAGAAUGCUUCUAGAAAGAAAAAGACGAAAGAUUAUAGGCUAGAUAUUGCUAUGUUAAACGACCGGCCUGCUCAAUGCCCACAAAGUUCACUGGACUUUUUGAAGAAACGAAAGAUGCAGGUUGCGAGAUCUUCUGCUGUUUUGAACAAUUCAAACCAAGCAUUACGCUUCCUCUCCUCAUCUGGCUUGCUCAAAAAAGAUUGGAGAUGA